AUGUUCUCUAAAUUUCACGGAACCGCUUCCGAGAACCCACAGCCAGCCCGGAAGCCGAAGAAAGCUCGACGCGCUCAGGUUCAGCGUGCCUGCGAUGGCUGCAGGUUAGGCCGGGUCAAAUGCGACACAUCAAGACCAUGCAGAAAUUGUAUCCAGUCAGGGAGACAGUGUGUCUUUGAGGGAUCGACCGAAUUUAGGGGAUUAAAUACUGCAACGAUAGAGAUUGAUCGUCUUCGACAACGAGUCCAAGACCUUGAGGCGGAACGGGAACAACGGCCAAGCCAACCGGCUGCAAUAUCCCCGGCUCUUAUCAGCCCUCCCUCUAGUGAUUCACAUAACAGCACAUCAAUACCAUUCCAUCCGGUCUCGGAAAAGUGGAAAGGAACUACUGUGGAAGGGAUCCGAUAUGGGCCAUUCUCAUUGCAGUACUUCAGUGAACGCAUCUCGCGGUACCUUGAGAUUGACGCCGACCCCCGAGUUUCGCUUGCGGACUUCCCAGUAUGGGACACAACCACCCUUGCCGAAUGCUGUGACGGUGUUGGCAAAAUGGCCCAGGACCACUUCCUAGACCUGCAUUGGCUUUGCUACCACGUCAACUAUCCGGCCAUAGAUGAAUCUGAGUUUCGAGAGCUCUAUGCAUCACUCUGGCACACAGAGGAAGCUUCAUCAACCAGACGCCCGGAUCCACUAGUUGAUAUCGUUCUGGCAAUGAACAUCCAAUAUGCAUUAUCAUUCAUGCCCCAAGAUGAAACUCUACCUCGCCAGUCUGCCGAGCACUCCUGCUUGGGGGGAAGUGCAUUCUAUCAACGCUGCAAGAGCGCAUUAGAUACAAGCAUGGAUUCUCCCACCAUCAAAUCAGUCCAGUGCCACUUAUUUUGUGCAAUAUACCUCUCUUACGCCGGGUACCACAAUGCAGCCUACACCACAACCAAACUAGCCGAGUGUAGCCUCUCUAUGCUCAGUCUCGAUCACGAUGACUCUCUUCAACAAGAGCUAGUGUCACGGAUUCGUAACUGCCUCCGAACACUCCAGACAAGAUUUUCUAUGAGAUUGGGUAGAUUUGAAAGACGGCCAUCUGGCAUCGCCCAGCAGUCCCUGGAGGUCACAACACCAUCCUCGACCCUUGAAUUCAGUUGGUUCAUCUUCCACGAGCAAGUGGCUCAUCUCUGUACUCUAGUGGAAGAUAUUGCCAUUACGUUCCUUGGGCAUUGCAACCAGAUCCUCGAUACCGCCGAAGGAGCCACUGACUUAUACACUGAUCCCGUCAUCCGUGACAAAUGUGCUCACUUCAUGAAGGACCAAAUGAACAGGCUAAAGUCCUGGUCGGCCCAAGUCCCGGCACAGCUCAGAAUCCCACGCAAGGGAUACAUGGAGUCCUUUUCAACGCGGCGGGCUCCAUUAGAGUUUGACGACAGCGACCCUCAGUGGUUGCAGCGCCAGCGAGUGGUCCUCGAGUGCCAGUACCAUGAUUUCUGCGUCACACUUCUGCGCGUCUUCUUCCACUUCUCACCCAAGCAAAAUCGAGGAACAUUCAAUAGUGAUGAAAACGGCAUCUCGUGCGUCAAUCACGCCUACACCCUCACAAGCAUAAUUCACCAGAUUCACGCUGAGACGGAUAUACUGACAGGCUGCUACCAAGCUUUUGAAUGGCAGCAGAACGCUGUCUAUGCGUUGGCUGCGUUUGCUGCUGCCAACCCGCUGUGUCCGCCAACACCCAGUGCCCGGAAGGCACUGGGAUUGGCGGGCGAGGUCUUCGGCUCCUACGGGGACACAUCGAUCCCAGCAAUGCGGAUGCGCAAGCUGAUAUCCGACUUUGAAGUAAAGAUUGCUGAGAAGAUUGCCAGUUUCAGAAGAGGACCGACCCCUGGCCCAACCCCGCGGAGUGCUCGACCGGUCGAAGAGCCAAGCCCGAUGCCUCAGAGUGACGUGGCCAUGGAGGCGGCCUCACAUAGCAUGCUGGGGUCGGUUCCGCUCGGGGACUCGAAUAUUGACUGGUCGAUCGUGGGAGGGUCUACGGAGCAGUGGUGGUCAGAACUAGACCAGCCAACCCAGGAUCUAUGGUCCACGUGGAUGAAGGAGUUUGAGCCUUGA